AUCAGUGCUAUUUUUAUGAAGAUAUUCUUCAGGUUGGCUUCGGUCUCGGAAAAGGUCAGUCUAUGAUUGUGUGGAUCACGUCGAGGAAGGAUUGCCUCAGCAACUCGUACCCAAUUCUGCCACUUGUUGGCUUGACCUUGGUUGGAACGUCGUCUCUGUCCUGAUACUUACACAAUUGUGUGAUAAUGGUGCACCUUUCAGUCUGUUUCCAGACCAAAUACAGUUUGAUCGUUCUAGUGACGACACUGGUUGCUAUCACAACUGAGAUUUGGUGUUUGACGCCAAGAUGCAUUCCAGAAGCUCAUCGGCUAUAUCGUUACGAAGGCACGAGCGGUGGACUUAACACAUUCAAGUGGUACAACUCGCAUAUAUCUGGUACACUAUCAUAUCGCUACCUCGUCUACAAUCGUGUUUAUAGCACAACCUUCGAGUUUCAAGGGAGCUGCACUAUUGAAGCAAUAGCCAUAUCAUUCAAGGCACACGGAAAUUGUCGCGUCUCAGUUUCGUCUCAGUCGUUUGACCACAGUGGUUGGUCAAAUGAAAGGUCAGUUAGGUUCAGCCAUAGGAGUAAACAUGGAUUCCGUCACAAUCUCAAUUUCACCGUGCAAUCAUCACAUGGGUUACAAAUCAAAUUCACAGUCCAUAGUGCGAUAACACGUCCUCUCAGCCAGUGUGUGUUUCAACUCAAUGAAGCAUAUGAACCGGUCAUCGCCUUGCACGUCCAAGAAGAUUACGAUGAAUGUUCAGCGUUGCAUAACCCCUGCUAUAGAUAUUAUCCUAUCCCUGAUUCCGGUCCGCAUUGUCACAACACGUGGGGAUCUUACAGGUGUAAUUGUCAACAUGGAUAUAAACGCACUCAAGAUGGAAAUACCUAUACCUGCAACGAUAUUGAUGAAUGUGCACAGUCGGAUAACCAUUGCUAUACACAUUUUCGCAGGGAUAAUGCACCGAACUGCAUAAACACACCAGGAACCUAUGACUGUGUUUGUCGGCAAGGCUAUGACGUUGAGGGUGUCACGAAUGAAACCCUACUUCAAUGCCGAGAUAUUGAUGAAUGCUCUCUUACACCUCACCACUGUUCUGCGUACUCUGCGCAAGGUCCAGGGAAAUGUGUGAACAUUCCGGGGUCCUACGUGUGCAAUUGUUUCGAGGGAUUCACUAUCCGAGAUACUCUCAAUGGCCGGAUAUGUGUAGCUUCCAGUCCAACACAAUCUCCUACAACUUCACUUCAACACACAGGUACUGCACCUGCUACCACCAGCUCUGAGACCCGUGAGAAAUUCCCAUCAUACCCGUCAUUACCACCCACAGAAUACGCCAGUCAUCGCACCACACAUCUUAGAACUUCUAGCGCGCCACACAAUGUCACAUCGCCUAUCGCCAUACCAGCUACAACACAGUCGGAUACAAUGAUGCCAGGCUCAAACACAUCCAGCAGCUCUGUCACUAUACUAGUGUCGUUAUUAGUCAUUGGCCUUAUGCUCAUGACUCUGCUGCUUGCGGUGGGCCUCUGGAAACGACGACAGAUAGCCAAAUUCUUCCACAGAAAUGAAAUCACCGCACGCCCAGCAACAACAUCGGAAGGACAGGUGGCGGUGAGUGCUAGGUUUCGUGCUGACCGUGAGGAGAUGCAGUUAUCCCAUCAGCCUUCCAAUCCAGUCACUAAUGAAUAUACUGUGGCUGUGGUUGGUGUACCACGCGAGUAUGCUACAGUUCCUGAAAGAGACGGGCAUCGUGGAGAGCAAAUGUAUAGUGAAGCUACAGCCCCUUCCAACAUACUAAUAGUACGCUCCGGGCACCGUAUUCCGCCGGAUACUACAGACGCAUCGAUUUUUGGUGCAGCGACAAGCCGCGUGGGUGAAAAUCCGGAUGCGGAACGAUAUACUCAGCCUGUAAUCCAACGCAGCGUGGUGAAUUCCUCAAACCUUCAAAGCCAAUAUACUUACAUAGAGAGUUCUUCUCGUGUACUAUCGGCUACGUGCCCUCGUGUACAUGGUACUCCAGGUCCAGCACCACCUUCACUGCCAAACGACACCUACUCUGUGCCACAUUCCCAGCCUGUCAGUAACCAUCCAUCUUCACGGAGAGUAACGACGCCAUCAGACUAUCUUGAGCCUUCUGAUUGCUAAUGUCCAAUACUGCAGCCUCAUCCGAAGCAAAGGUUCACAACGGGGUACCAACACCCUAAACAGACAAACACAUAUCCGUACAUACAUGUAUACUCAAAUUUCCUAACAUUUUGAAAUUCUCCGUGAAGUCCAAAUUUGAAAAUUGCAUGUAUACUGCACACAAUACAUGUACACAAUACAUGUCUGCAUGUUGUUUGCUGCAUGACUUGAGUGUUUUCGUGUUUUCACAUUUCCACGUUGUACAAGUAACCUCAGUGACCUUGUGCUAUGAUAAAAUUCUGUUUCAAAUUCUACAUGGGCACGAGUACGAAGCAAAUACCAGCGGCCACAUAAUAAUAUGUAUGAUGUAAUUAGUCUUAAAUUGCAUAACAGUGAUUUGCGAGCGUUUUAUCUUACUGUGCCAGGAUUGCUUCCCAUACUUUUCCACUUCAUCCCUUACAUAUUUUGGUAUUAGUACUUUCACGUUCCUCACCACUGCUACUACUUUGAUUUUGUAUCUCUUACUUGGUAUAACGUUACUUGUUGUACUGUAGGUUUAAACUGACCUUCAUUUCAUUAAUUUUUUUAAAUGUGAUUCAUGAUUGGUUCUAAAAAGGCAAACACCAACAUUGAUUGAUGCCUGUCGAGGGAAUCCCAAGCCUUGAUGAUUGCUAGGUUAAGAUAAUGACGUAGUUCACGUACAAUGUCAUGUACAUAUACAGCGAAUCCUAUCCAAGAUGGCUGUUCAGUUUUCAUGAAAGGAGGUAGGCUGAAAAUGUGCUACACUACUCCCAUACAGUAGGUUAGCGCUAUUC